CCCCAGGAGCUGUUCUGCCGCUCGCUGGCAGAGAACGAGAUGCGGACGGCGCCGUACGAGUUCCCCGAGGAGAGCCCGAUCGAGCAGCUGGAGGAGCGGCGGCAGCGCCUGGAGCGCCAGAUCAGCCAGGACGUCAAACUUGAGCCCGACAUUUUGCUCAGAGCCAAACAGGACUUCCUGAAAAUUGACAGUGCCGCCGACCUACAGCUGUUCCAGGAGCAGGGCUCUGACCUGCUGGAUCACGUCCCCAAGGAGCGCGAGGCGCUGCUGGAGCGGGAAUUCCAGCGGGUCACCAUCUCCGGGGAGGAGAAGUGCGGGGUGCCCUUCACAGACCUGUUGGAUGCUGCCAAGAGCGUGGUGAAGGCGCUGCUGCUGCGCCAGAAGUACAUGGGGCUGUCACUGCAGAGCUUCUGCCGCACCACGGCCCGGUUCCUGCGGGAAUUCUCCGGGAAAAACCCCGAGAGCCGCGCCCACGACGACCCGCCCGAGACCCCCGUGGCUGCUGAUGCCCCCGUGCACCCCCCCUUUGCUGAGCGACACCCCUACGAGACGUGGGACCCCCGGGAGAUGCCCGAGGACCUGGGCUACGGGCUGCGCAUGGUGGACGGGGUCGUGCACGUCUACACCAGCCAGGACCCCACGGACAAGAGCACCGAGCUGGACCUGCCCUACCCCGACCUGCAGGAGUUCAUCGCUGACAUGAACUUCCUCAUGGCCCUCAUCAUCAACGGGCCCAUCAAAUCCUUCUGCUACCGGCGGCUGCAGUACCUGAGCAGCAAGUUCCAGAUGCACGUGCUGCUCAACGAGAUGAAGGAGCUGGCGGCCCAGAAGAAGGUUCCCCACCGGGACUUCUACAACAUCCGCAAGGUGGACACCCACAUCCACGCCUCGUCCUGCAUGAACCAGAAGCACCUCCUGCGCUUCAUCAAGAGGGCCAUGAAGAGGCACCUGGACGAGAUCGUGCACGUGGAGCAGGGCAAGGAGCAGACACUCAAAGAGGUCUUUGAGACCAUGAACCUCACGGCCUACGACCUCAGCGUGGACACCCUGGACGUGCACGCGGACCGCAACACCUUCCACCGGUUCGACAAGUUCAACGCCAAGUACAACCCGAUCGGGGAGUCCAUCCUGCGCGAGAUCUUCAUCAAGACCGACAACCGCGUGGCCGGGAAGUACUUCGCCCACAUCAUCAAGGAGGUGAUGGCAGACCUGGAGGAGAGCAAGUACCAGAACGCGGAGCUGCGCCUCUCCAUCUACGGGCGCUCGCGGGACGAGUGGGCCAAGCUGGCGCGGUGGGCGGUGCAGCACCGCGUGCACUCCAACAACGUGCGCUGGCUCGUGCAGGUGCCACGCCUCUUUGACGUGUACCGCACCAAGGGGCAGUUGGCCAACUUCCAGGAGAUGCUGGAGAACAUCUUCCUGCCCCUCUACGAGGCCACGCUGCACCCGGCCCAACACCCGGAGCUGCACCUCUUCCUGGAGCAC